AUGGCAUCGCUACCAUCAAGAUCAAUGGCAACACGAAAACGAACUCGAUCAACGAAUGUGACUGAAAACAAUGUUGAUCAUCAACACACAACAACGACAACAGCAAUCGGAACAGGAACACUUGUAGCAGUAUCAAAUACAAUUUCAGCAAUAGGUUCAUCAUCAGUUGCGAUGCCACCUCUUCCAGCAACUGCAAAUGCUUUGAAUGCUCCACCUAAACGGCACCGCAACAAUCCACCACCGAGGAGACUACCACCACCUGUUGCGCCUCGUGCGAGUUAUUCACUUCGAAAUCGGUCGUUGACACCUGAUCCGCGCCAUUCAUUAACACGAUUUCCAUCCGUUAGUACAACAUCGACAACUCGACAACGAUAUAACCUACGCACACGUCGUCCAGCGUCGCAAAUUCGUUUACCUCAAGUUCCAGCUGCAUAUCCAGCUGUUGCACCACGACGCUUUCGGCAACCCAUUCCACCAAUAAAUCCAGCUACGCAUGCAUCAGCAGCACCGGCCAGCAGCACAUAUUCACCUCUUAUAUCUCCUCCACCUCCUGUUCUACCUCCACCAAUACCAGUUACAAUUCCUAUUAGCUCAUCAGUUAUUCCGCUUGUACCUCCUCCACCGCCUGUUGUUCAGCCACGACAGUAUCGUCUUGUUUAUAUAUCUGACGAAGACGAUGAACAACAACCUGUAACCUCACCGACUACUGACACUAUUGUUGAAUCAGUAUACAAUUUAUUAGCAGCCGAUGGCGAUAAUCUAUCAACCAGAACAACACUUGGUCUUGGUCGAACGUCGCGAGCAACAUCCGGCGCUGGUUUCAAUAUUCGCUCGCGCGCUACAACAGCGACUCCAUUGAGUGCGUCAUCGACCUCAUCGUCAAGUUCCGCCUCAACUAUAAAUAAUGAAGACUUCAUCACAGGUGUAACACAUAUACGCUUAAGUCGUGCCAUCGAGAUUGUCAUCGAUUCCAUACAAUCACUGGAAGGAACGGUGAACAAUUUCGACCAACUUGUUUUCGGUCUUAUCUACGGUCGUUUGGGUACACGAAACGAAUUCGACAGCAUAGAAAACAUGAUACGUUUAUCACGUAUAUUAAGUUUCACUUUGCCUUCGCCACGACUGAGUCGAGAAGAAAUUGAUUCAUUGCCAAAGAUUAGCUUUGUAAAUGAAAGGACCACAACGACAUCCAUUCAAUUAGCUGAAAAAUGUCCGAUAUGUUUAACUGAAUUUGACGAUCAAGAAAUCAUAAACAAAUUAUACUGUACACAUUUAUUUCAUUUGCCAUGCAUAUCAACAUGGUUGAGCGAAAAUGAUUCAUGUCCAACAUGCCGUCGUAAAGUAACGGAAGAUUGA